AUGAUUUUAGUACUCAUUGAUGCAUCUCCAGUGGUUCGCUUUUGGUCAGCACUUGAUCACAGUGAUCAGUGUAAUUUACUAGGCUAUGUGGCAAAUGUUAUUGCAAGUUGCGCUGAUCGAAUGAACGAAGUCGAUCGAAUUCAGCUUACAGAAAACUUUGGCAACAAUUUGAUCGGUUAUAGGACAAGUGAAUGCUAUACCGUACAAGCGUACCAUGCAUUUGCUCGUCUAUGCCGAGGAGUUGGUGAAGAAGCCCCCGGCGCACAGCAACUACUGGAAUUCAAUCGAAAUUUGAUUGAGAAAUCUCUCAAAACUACGCAGAACAUCAUUUUACGCCCAGUCGAUGCGAUCAGCAAUAUCCCGCUUUCUCAGGAAAAGUAA